GGGAAAUUCGUUCCUUUUCUCAUCAAGGCCACAAACUAAGUGCUUAUUUUAAUCUGAACUUUAAAGUUUUAUUAUUUUGUGCAAUGGCAGCAAAGAGCAAAAUCCUAGUCAUUGGAGGAACAGGAUACAUUGGAAAAUUCAUAGUUAAGGCAAGUUCAGAAGCAGGACACCCCACAUUUGCCUUGGUUAGAGAAAGCACCCUUUCUCAUCCUGAAAAAUUUAAACUUAUUGAGAGCUUCAAGACCUCUGGAGUUACUCUCCUUUAUGGUGAUCUUACUGAUCAUGAAAGCCUUGUUAAGGCAAUCAAACAAGUUGAUGUUGUAAUCUCCGCAUUAGGUGCAGAACAGAUCGAUGAUCAAGUGAAGAUCAUAGCAGCAAUAAAAGAAGCCGGAAACAUCAAGAGGCUCCUCCCAUCGGAAUUUGGGCACGACGUGGAUCAUCACAAUGCAGUGGAACCAGUGAGUAGCUUCUUCGAGAAAAAAGUGAAAAUCCGAAGGGCAAUUGAAGCUGAAGGAAUUCCAUACACUUACAUCAGUUCAAAUUCCUUUGCUGGACACUUCCUACCUAACUUGUUACAACAAAAUGUCACAGCUCCUCCCAGGGAUGAGGUUGUCAUUCUAGGAGAUGGAAACAUCAAAGGAGUUUAUGUUAUCGAGGAAGAUGUUGCGACUUAUACCAUAAAAGCAGUGGAUGACCCAAGAACCUUGAACAAAACUCUGUACCUGAGACCCCAUGCCAAUGUUUUGACCUUCAACGAGCUCGUGUCCUUGUGGGAGAACAAGAUUAAGAGCACCCUUGACAAAAUCUACGUUCCAGAAGAUCAACUUCUGAAGAGCAUCCAGGAGUCUUCUUUCCCUGCCAAUUUCAUGCUAGCAUUAGGCCACUCAAUGCUGGUAAAGGGAGAUUGUAACUAUGAGAUUGACCCUUCUUUCGGUGUGGAAGCUUCUAAACUUUAUCCUGAGGUGAAAUACACUACUGUCGACAACUAUUUGAAUGCGUUUGUCUGAAAUCAAGGGAAUGCGUCAUUGCCAAUAAACUGCUCCAUCCAAAAUCUUGUGUAUUGCUCGAGCAUUUGUACCGUGUCAUCUUUCUAUUAAGUAGUUACCUGUUGUUGUUGUCUUGUCGUCAAAAGACUCCUCCCAUCUUAAAUUCUACUGUUGUUCUUGUUCACUUAGCAUGGUGUUGCUUGAAAGUUCUUCUAAUGUAGUAUUACGAUUAUUUUGCCACUCUGCUUUUAUUAUAGGUAUGUUUGGAUUUAAUAUUGUGACUUGUUCUACGUUGAUAACAUGGUAUUCUAGUGUGGGAGAUUAUAAAAUACUACUAUUAGACUCUCCA